UCACUAGAUCUCCACCCUUGCUUAUCAUGACUCCGCUCUUUUUGUUUUUAUCUCUAGCAAAUUUAGACCAAUCCAACGGGUAGAACCAUCCCACAUAAUCAACCCCAAGUUACAAGGCAAUGGACUCCCUCAAGUAAGACAAACCCAUUUUAUGGUCCAAUUUCAAUGCAAAAAGGAUUGGCAGAGAAAGUAGAUGAACCACAAAGUGCAGGACUUUUCUACGUAAAAGGACCUUAACAAAAAGUACCCAACUCUACCACGGAUUCUCUAUGACAUUCUGAGAUUUGCAUAACACCACGCAGCCUCAUGCCCACCACAUCAUUGCCUCAAAGGCUCUAACUCAUAUCCUCCACAGAGCCACAACUCUUUUUUCCACAGCCACUGUUUCAUUCCUCGUAUAUAUCGCCUCCCAUUUUGGCUCUUAUAUUGGUUUCUAACUUUCACUCUUAGACCACAGUUAUCCGAUGUCCAUCUUAGCCCAGAAUAAGUUCUUUUUUUCAGAGCAAAAAAAGUUCUCCUCUUUGAGUUCCCAUCACCAUGUCCACGCAUCCCCAUUUCCCAUUUUCCGCACACGGGUGCAUUGCUUGGCCACCACAACCACCACCACCACUGUCAAACCUAAGCCCAACCCUGACCAGUUACUGGUCAAACCGCAACUCAUAUCUCCACCCUCCCCGGUCUCCAUCAAGGCUCGUCCGGUGCUUGAUGACCCAAGUCUUCUCUCAACAUGGUCUCAUCGUGCAUGGGUGGCAACUGGGUGUACUACGGUUCUCACUUCUCUGGCAAAGUCCAUAAUGGUUGCAGCCAAUUCGCACAUAUGGCCGGAGCCCAUUUUAGCAGGCUUGGUUGGCUACGUGCUGGCUGAUUUAGGGUCCGGAGUUUACCACUGGGGAAUUGACAAUUAUGGCCAUGCCUCUACUCCAAUUUUUGGUUCACAAAUCGAGGCAUUUCAAGGUCAUCAUAAAUGGCCAUGGACAAUAACUAGACGUCAAUUUGCUAACAAUUUGCAUGCACUUGCUCGUGCUGUGACCUUUACAGUGCUUCCCAUUGGCCUUGUUUGUGAUAACCCAACUGUCCUCAGCUUUGUUGGUGUCUGCUCAGGUUGCAUUAUGUUUAGCCAGCAAUUUCAUGCUUGGGCACAUGGUACAAAGAGCCGGCUUCCACCUGCAGUGUUAGCACUGCAGGAUCUCGGCUUACUCGUAUCACGGUCACAACAUGCCGCGCAUCACCGGCCACCUUAUAACAACAACUACUGCAUAGUUAGUGGGGUUUGGAAUGAGUUUUUGGAUAAGCACAAGGUUUUUGAGGCGAUGGAGUUGGUUCUGUUUUUCAAGCUAGGUGUGAGACCUCGGUCUUGGGAUGAACCAAACUCUGACUGGACUGAAGAUAUUGAUACCCCAUCUCAGAUCAUAGCCAACUCAUGAACCUCUUUUUUUUUUUUUUUUUUUUUUUUUUUUUUGGCAUUUCUAUUCCAAGUCAUUUCAUUGCAAUAUAAUAGUUCAUGGAAUUGUUUGCAGAAUGUAUAAUGUAUAUUGUACGAUUUGUUUCAGGAGAUUACCUGGCACUUGACGUUGAAUAUGAUCAUUGAAUUUUUAGCUCGAGGCUUCAAACUCAUCGUACUGUGGCUUCGCAGUGUCUUCUGUUAUAGUUUAACUGGUCUAAUCUCCAUAUGAGAUGGCCUAACUUGCAAAAUAUAUAUAUAUAUAUAUAUGUACAUGGAAGGUUGCAAAAAUCAGAGAGAAUACCCAAAUUGGUACAACAAGAUCAUGUAUGUCCUUGCGACAAGCUUUUCGCCAAUAUAUCUGUCCAUUUUUUUGUUGGUUUC